AUGAAUCGAAGUAAAAGUGUUGGAAGAAGAGAUGCUCGACCAAGAGAUCGAAGACAGAACAAGGUUACUGUAGUUGUAUUGGGAGCCGAGAGAGUGAGUUUAUUUUCAUAAACUUGUCUGGAACUCGAGAAAAAAUGUUCCAUAUUUUUUGGGGUUCUCUUUCGUUAGAAUUUUUUUUCGAUUUUGAAAAAAAAACUUGGAAAAUUUGAAAUUGAUCUCUUGUUUUCAGGUCGGAAAAUCUGCAAUGGUCUCACAAUUUUUAUGGAACAAAUUUAUUAGUGAUUAUCGUCCGACAGUUGAAGAAUUCAAUUGGAUUGAAUAUGAAAUUGAAGAGGGACGUGUUCUAAUGGUUCAAGUUAGUUUUUUUUGUUGGAAAAUUGUGGGAAAAAUAUGUAUAGUCCAAUAAUUGAUCAAUUUUCAACCAAAAGCUGUUUUUUUUUUUAAAUAAAUUGAUUUGAGAGAAAUUGAAUUUGGGCGAAAAAUUAAUGUCUGGGAUAAGCUUACGCGAUAAUAUUUUGGUCAUAGAUUUGAAGUUCAGUGCUUGCAAAAAUGAUGAAUUCACGAUUUUCUGUGAGAAAUCGCAUAUCAUUGUUUUUUUGUAAAAAAAACCCGUUAUUUCCAAAAAUAUCCAAAAAUAUGUUUUUUUCAGAUAAUUGAUUCAUCGGGUUCUCGUGAUUUUCUUGGAAUGCGUAAUUUGUAUAUUGGAACAGCUGAUGCAUUUCUUGUCGUUUAUUCAGUAAAUGAUCCACUUUCUCUUGACGAAGCAAUGAAUACAGUAAAUGAAAUAACAACUCGACGUGGAAAAGCAACUCCAGUUGUUUUGGUGGCAAAUAAAAUGGAUUUGGAGCAAUUGUGCCACGUGGAAAAAGCAUGGAAAUUUGAUUCGGUUUUGGAAUGUUGUGCGAUGCAACAAAAUGAGGUUAAAUUAUGUUUUCACGAAGUUUUGUCAAGAAUUCAACCAACUUUGAAUAUCCAGGGAUUUGGUUUGCGUAAAAGACGGUGAGGUUUUCUCCAAAUAAAAAAUUUUGAAAAUAAUCAAAAUUUUCAGUCAAUCAAUGCCUUCCAGUCGAGCUUAUAGUGGUGUAAAAUCAGAAGAUAUUGAAAAAAUCAAAAAUUCCGCAAAAAACAAGGAAAAUUGUACAAUAUCUUAA